AUGAUGCAGCCUGGACAUGGUAUGGCUCCUCCAAGCUUGGGACAGCAGCCACCGCAGCAGUACCAGCAGCCGCCACCGCAGCAACCUUACGUCAUGAUGCAACCUCAAGCGCCGCAAGCCUUGUGGGCCCAAUCCGCCCAGCCUGCUCAGCAGCCAGCUAGCGCCGACGAGGUCCGUACUCUCUGGAUCGGAGAUUUACAGUACUGGAUGGACGAAAACUACCUUUACACCUGCUUCGGUAAUACCGGCGAGGUGACAUCUGUGAAAGUAAUUAGGAAUAAGCAAACUAGUCAAUCGGAAGGUUAUGGUUUUAUCGAGUUUAAUACCCGUGCUAAUGCUGAGAGAGUGCUUCAGACAUACAACGGAGCCAUUAUGCCGAACGGUGGCCAGAGCUUUAGAUUGAAUUGGGCUACUUUCAGUGCUGGGGAGAGGUCGUCUAGGCAGGAUGAAGGUCCUGAUUAUACCAUUUUUGUCGGCGAUUUGGCUGCGGAUGUUAGUGAUUACCUUCUUCAGGAGACUUUUAGGGCUCGUUUUAACUCUGUCAAGGGGGCGAAAGUUGUGAUUGAUAGACUUACUGGCAGGUCUAAGGGUUAUGGUUUUGUGAGAUUUGCUGAUGAGGGUGAACAGAUGAGGGCUAUGACUGAGAUGCAAGGGGUUCUUUGUUCGACAAGACCCAUGAGGAUUGGACCAGCCACUAAUAAGAACCCGGCUGCCACCACUCAACCCAAAGCCUCUUAUCAGAACCCUCUAGGAGGACAAAGUGAGAAUGAUCCUAACAAUACAACUAUUUUUGUUGGCAAUCUGGAUCCUAAUGUCACUGAUGAUCAUCUGAGGCAAGUUUUCAGCCAAUAUGGUGAACUAGUUCAUGUGAAGAUUCCAUCUGGCAAGCGAUGUGGGUUUGUCCAAUUUUCUGACAGGAGCUGUGCAGAAGAAGCGAUACGAGUUUUAAACGGAACUCUAUUGGGUGGACAAAAUGUUCGCCUUUCAUGGGGUCGUACUCCCUCAAACAAACAGACUCCGCAAGAUCCAAACCAGUGGAGUGCUGCUGCGGGUGGUGGAUAUUAUGGUUAUCCUCAGGGUGGUUAUGAAAAUUAUGGUUAUGCUGCUGCUCCUGCUGGACAAGAUCCCAACGUGUAUGGAAGUUAUCCGGGUUAUGCUGGUUACCAACAUCCCCAGCAGCAACAACAACAAAUGGGAUAUAGCUAA